GGGACCUCUCUCGCUUGUUUGGUUGCUCACUCUCCGAUAUUCCGAAGCAGCAUAAAAAGGGUUGACCCACCUUCAUUCCUUCAAAGAUAUCUUCAUACUGCAUACGCCAAGACUCGCGGCAGCAUCAAAAUAUCGCCAUAGUGGCAAAUCCGGUCCACACCCCACGUAAAAAACUGCCAACCCAGACACUGUUCCUGUGAACAUCCAUCUAAACCUCCAGAUUCCAAUUUCCUACCAACAUGUCAACAGUCAUCGUUUUUGGUGCCACAGGCGCGGUCGCGUCGGCCACUGCUCGCACGGCGAAGGCCCGAGGAGCAACAGUGUAUCUGGCAUCGCGGAGCCUGAACAAACCCAUCCCCAGCCUUAGCGAAGAAGAAGGGCACCAGGGGGAAUAUCGCAGGGUAGAAGCCGACCUGAGCAAGCCCGAGACAAUCCGCCAGGCAGUUAGCAGCGCCCGCGCAACACGAGCCUUCGUUUACACCGUCUUCGACUCGCCCGACCACAUGCGCUCCAGUCUAGAGGCCAUGAAAGCGGCCGGCAUCGAGUACGUGGUCUACCUGAGCAGCUUCAGCGUGAAAGGCGACCCAAACAGCGUGCCCUCCGAGGAGUACAUCGCCUACUCCCAUGCACAAGUGGAAAUCAACCUGGCACAUAUCUUUGGCGAAUCAAAGUACAUGGCGGUCCGCCCGUCCUUUUUCGCCACUAACGCCCACUGGUGGGUGGCGGCCGCGGCCGAUGAUGGCACAGUCAAGAUGGCGUUUCCUGGUGCUAAAUUCGACUUCAUCGUCCCUGAAGAUAUUGGCAGGGUCUGUGGGACUCUGCUGGCCCAGGAGACGGAGGGUACUCCUGUGCAGGGAGAUCACCUGUCUCUGAUAGGGCAGGAGGAGCUUGCGCUCGGAGACGCUGUUGAACUGCUUGGUCAGGCAACUGGGAAGAAGUUGAAAAUCAGCGAGUGCAGUCAAGAGGAGGAGAUUCGAUACUUGGUCGGAAAGGUCGGGUUCCCGGAGCCACUCGCGCGUGCGGUGGUGGAGCAGAACCGAGAGCAGAGCCGGGGCCAUGGGCUCGUCGAUUUCGUGACCCAUGCCGAUUAUGCACGGAAUGUGUAUAGGGUUACAGGGAGCCAGCCGACAGGUUUCAGGGAAUGGGCACAGCAAGCAAAAUAAUACCGAGCGAGUCAUUACAAGUUGUCAAAUGGACUAUACUAUGUCUCCCUUCAAGUGUGGCUGCU